AUGCAAAAUAAUACGUAACUAGCCAAGAGAGCUAUUAAUGCUGUCCGAAGAAAGAGUCAAAUAAUCGGUAACAUAUUUCCUCAUUUUAUUUUAUUAGCAACUCAUCAAAGCAAGUUAUUUCUUGAUAAAAAUUGGAUGGAUCCCUCAGAUGAAGCGAAUUGCAAUCCAGAUAACUACUUUUAAGAAAUCAGUUAUUAUGUUGAUCUCUCUAGUAAAAUACACAUUUUCAAUAUACUUCCAAUAGAAAUUUAUAAAGUACUUAGUACUUGCUACUACAACAAUAAAAUGAACUACUGCCCAAUAUUGAUCACUCUUUCAUCUAUAAUUCUUGCACCAGAUCAUAUUGGAAUAUGGGAUAUUUGCUUUAGUCACUUGGUCUACACUUUAAAAGAAGAAGGAGAGAACCCAUUUGUUUACAUAGUUAAUUUAGAGUACAAUAAUAUGACAAUCAGAGUCAAAAACCUUAUUCUUGAUCCUCAAAUCAAUAAAAUUUCAUUUUAUAAGGAAUUUUUGUACAGUGCAUCUGAUUUCUCAAUUGAUAUAACUCAUAUAAGAAAAUAAACAUUUUCUCCUGAUUAAAUCAUAACACUUGAUGUAAAUGAUCCUACUUAAGUCUUGAGGAGAAUACAUAUCAAGGAAAGAAUCUUAGCCCUCUCAAUAUAUGGCAAAGAUUAAGCUUUCAUAUUUGAAUCUCCCGACAAUUAAAUAGAAAUCUACAAAAUUAACUUGAUUAAAUUUGAUAACGACAGUCUUUUUGAUUACAAAUUUGAAUAGCUUAAAGAAGUUGCACCUAGGAAAAAUCCAUCAGUCGAUCCUAUAUCAAAAUUCAAGUUCAUUAUUCAUGAAGGUAAUAUGUUUGGUGUAACAUUACGAAAAUCAUCAAGCAUCGAUUUAUAUUGGAACUGGGUAAUAGUUGAAUCCGUCACUGAUUGUAAAAUAUUUAGAAAUAAUUUUUUAGAGUAUAUUAAGGACAUUACCAUGAGUAUGAAUAGUUUUUUCUUCCUUAAAUCAACUGGAGGAGUUGUCGGAUUUGAGCAUAAUGGAAAUGCUUAAUUAUCAUUCGACUCAGCCAAGAAAAUAUAGACAAAAGAUUUUAAUUUCGAAUAAGUUUUCCUGAAAAUUAUUUAGAACAUUGUUAAGCUAUAUUCUGGUCAUGAAAUUCUUUGCCUUUUCACUCACAUUGAUGAACAUAAAAAGGAGCAGUAGGCAAUAUUAUGUGUUAACGGAGAUAUUUAUAUAGGAAUCACAGAUAAACAUGUCCUGGACAAAGCUUAUAAGCUAUAACCUACUCAUCAUAUAUCUGGUGAGAUAAUAAGAUGGGAUGCAGAUUAUCAAUAUAAUGAUACACUCUACAUCUUUGUUAUAGAAAAUAAUGAAUACCGUUUUGAUGUUUUAGUUAGAAAUCAACUUAAAAAAGUUGAUCAAUUAACUGAAAUAGACAAAGAUUCAAAUUUACUUAUAUUUUAGUCUGAUGAUAGCAAGAAAUACAUACUUUUACAAAAAGAAGAGGAUUUAACUCUCUACACAUAGGAAAUUGUAUAGCAUUAAGGAUAAGAUGCAUAGAUUUAAUUGUAAGAGAUAAAAAAAAUUCCAAUGAAAAAGAAAAAAAUAGGUGGUAUGAUACACUCAGGGUGCUCAAGUGAUGUUGAUAAACACUUUUUUAUUUUUGAUGAAAAAAACAUGUAUCUAAUUGAAAUUUUGCCUGAUGAAAAUGAAAUAACAACUUUUCCUUUUGUUUAUUGUGUAGGAGUCUAAUCAUUUAAUUCACAGUUUAACUAUGCGAUCUGUUAAGAAGGCCCUGGGGCGUAAUUUCCUGGCUUGAGACUUUUUAAUAUGGAAACAAUUUUAAGAAGAAAAGUACUAAAAAUGACUCUGCUUAAAAGAAUAGAUAUCGGAACAUUAGGUAAUUUCGUCCAUGGAACACAUUUACAAAGAAUAGGUUUUAUGAAUUCCAUAACAAAUAUUAUUAUCUCUCCAAUACUUCAUUCAAAUGCUAAUAAGUUCUUUGGAAUAAAGCAUAUGCCUGAUUACAGAUUAGUUAAUAUCUUAGACGAAAUGUAUUAUGCUUUUUAUAAGGAUUGCAUCUAUUCAUGGGAUUUAUAUACUGGAAAGUUUAUAUCAAAAGUGGCAGUAAAAAAUUUUUCUCUAGAAACUUAUACUAACGUCAGUAAAAAUUAGCUUGGAAAAGUUUUAUUUAUGUCCAAUGAAUUGAUAUAACCAGACUAGCUCAAUGAAGCUGAAUUCUAUUUUCCUUGGCAACUUUAACCAAAUAUCGAAAAGAGCUUAACAUUCUAGUAAGCAACCAAGAAAUCAUAUAGGAAAUUUAUCUAUGCUGAGAUUGUUUCUUCAAAUCAGGUUAAAAUUUAUCUAGAAUUUACUCAUGUAAGUUAUGAAAAGCAGAGAAUAUUCUUUAACAAAUCUAUGGAUAAAAUGAUUACUAUUCUCGAUAACUACAGGACAUUCCUAUACUAAAUUGAAAGUUAGGGUUUGGAAAAUGAUUAUAAAGUUUAGACAAAGCUUAUUAGAUAAAUUAAAGGCUUUCCUAAUUCACUUGAUAAUGAUGAGAAAUAUUUGGAAUUCUUUAGUCCCUGUUUCUCUAGAUAUCUUACAUUUGAUUAGAAAAAGAGACUCUUUAUAAUAAGGAACAAUCUUGAUGGCAAAAGAUUAUUUGAAAUACCAGAGGACAUUCUAAGCGCUGAAAAAGAAGAUUCUAAUUUAAAAUGGUCAACCAAUAGGAUCAAAUUUAUUGACGCUAGCACCAUCAAGAUAGUAAAUGAAGAUGGAGUUGAGUGUAUUUAUGAUAUUGACAAUAAUUUCGAGCAAAAGGCUUUUAAUGUCAUCCCUCUUUUCAACAAGGUAGACGGAAUAGAAUACCAAGAAUAUCAUUAUUAUGUUCAAAGAAACAAGUUACCUCCUACUCAGUUAUUAAAAAGAUUGCAGAGAAUUUAUCAAAACUAUAAAAGCGAAAAACUAUUAAAAAAGGCAGCUACUGUUGACGAUCUUCUAUUAGUAAUGUUUAAUGUGGAUAGAGCUGACUUAUCGCUAUAGGAAACAAGCUUUACCUACCUUCAUUGGUCUCUGAUCUACUAGCUAAAGCAUGACAAGAUCUAGCUUGAUGAUUUAGAACCUAGCGUUAUUCAUUCACUUAUCUACAAUAUACUUCCUGGAGGUGAAACAAUAUUUCAUGCUUUGUGUGGUUAAAAGGAUGAAUUAUAAAAACUUAUGGAAGCCUGUCAUAGUGAUGAAGCAAUAAUUUACCAUUUGCCAUUUAUUCCAAACUUCAAGGGAAUGACUCCUAUUCACAAAUUAGUUGGAUCAAUGGAUUUCAGAAGCAUUAAUAUGGUCUUAAGAUACUUAGCAUUUUAUGAGAUAGACCAUCAUUCAAGAUUUAUUUAGAAUAUCUACUACAAAUUUAUUGAACAAGAACUUCCUAAUUUCAUCCCCUACUUGCAAUAAAAUCUUAAGUAGACACCAUCCUUAGCUAAAAAAGACAGAGGAUUGCUGAAAGAAGAUUAUCCAUCGGUGCUUCCAGCUAAAAUUUGGUACAGGGAAGAAGAAAUCAAUGAGUAGAUCUUUUAUAAGGAUAAUCUUAAAGUUAUGUCAAGUGUAAGGUUAGAUUUUAUCGAUCUUCCAGGCCUCUAUCAUUACUUGGAUCCUAACUUCAAAGCAUUCAUUCAUGAAUUAGCAGACACUACAAACUUUGAAUACUUUACAAUUCCAUCAAUUCAGAGUAUAAUUGAAUUCAACUAUGAAUUAGUUUAAAGAUACAUAAUUUACGUAAUUAUAGUUCCCUACUUGGUCUUUCAUGGGAUAUUUGUCUGCUAUAUGAACUUGGUUUAUGAACAUAGAACAGAAGAUGAAUACUACUAGCAUGUUAACAAAGCUAUAUGUAUUUUGAUGGCUCUGUUCUCAAUAUAUUUCUUAUUCAGCGAAAUGAGGCAACUGAUAAGUUAAGGAUUUCAAUAUUUAUCAAAUGUUUGGAAUUAUAUUGACUUAUUGUCACCAAUUGGAGUAAUUACAUUUUUGAUAUUAGAACUACUCAGCUAAUUAGAAUAUGAAGUAAAUUAGGAUUUCUUGAGAAGUAUUAUGGCUCUAGCUACAUUUUUUAUGUGGCUUAAAAUACUAUAUGUUUUGAGAAUUUUUAGAAGCACAGGCUAUCUUAUCAGAUCUAUAGUAGAAGUCAUUUAUGAUAUGGGAAUAUUUUUGCUCAUUUUAUUUUUGACUGUUACAGCUUUUGGAGAUUCAUUUUUAAGAUUAUCCUUAGGAAAUGAAGAAGGCUUCAUUGAAAAUUUCUUCUUCAGUAUUGUUUACGCGUAUAGAAUGAUCUUAGGUGAUUUUGAUACUACUAAUUUUGGAGAUGUGGCAAGACCAUUAGCUUUUGUAUUUUGGUUUAUGUGUACAAUAGUUGAUAUGAUUGUAAUGCUAAAUCUUCUUAUCGCUAUUAUUUCAGCAACUUAUGAGAGAGUUGCUAAUAAUUCAGAAAAAGCAGCCUACCAAGAAAUGGCAAAGCUUAUUGAUGAAAACUAGUAUUUAAUCCCAGCUUAUAUUAAGAAAAGUUAUGCCCCACUGGGCUAGUACUUAAUACUUGUAACGAAUGAGGAAAAAGUUGUUGAAAAGUCUGGUGAUCCUGUAUUCCAUAAGCUUAAUAGCCUAGAAUAAUUAACUGAAGAUCUUACCAAAACUCAAAAAACAAUCUAGGAUAAACUAAUUAAACAUCAUAAAUAAUUCAAAGCGUUUACAAGAGAGCUUAAUUAGAAAAAAUUAAAGAAAAAUAUAGGGGAAUUCCCAGCAUUUUUAUUCAGAAUCCACGGUCAUUAGCUAUACAAAAUGACAAUUAGAUAAUACAAAGAAAGCAGUAAAUAAAAAGGUACAGGAGUGCAUUGCAGUGGCAGAAAAUUUGCUAAAUGCCAGUCAGGAAUGCUGGCAACAUAAACUCAAUAUAAAACCUAAGACAAUGAUGUAAUUUACCAUUGCUUUAAGUGCUAAUUUGAUUACUGUGAUUAAUGCUACAAGUACUAUGGUUCUAAUUCUCAUCAGCACUAGUUAGUUUAAACAAACUAUGGAGAAGUUAAAAAAUUAGCUGCCUAUUAAAAUGGAUGGCUAUGUGACGCAAGAUUCUAUGUACCUUGUCCAAAGGGAGAUAAAUUUCAUAAUGAAGAUGGAGAGAUUAUAUAUCAUGAUGAUGAUUGUGAUUUUAAUCUUUGCACUCUGUGUGCCAGAAUAUAUAUGGCAUGA